AACCCAACUGGGGUGUGAGUUGCGUGCUCGGGCCUCUCGGUGCACAGGGGGCGUGUCUGUCUUUGUGCAGCAUCUUUUGUCUCUGGGAACAAUGUCCACACGCCAGGGGUUGUGUCUCUGGGAUCUGCGACACCAGCAGGAGAAGGGGCCGAGCUGCGCGGACCCUAAGGCCUCUGGAAGAUUCUAGAACCCGUCCCCCAGCCCUAAGUCUGAGCCCCGCGGACAAUGUCAACCGGGCGCAGCGCUGGGAGGGGUCGCGCUGCAGGGGGGCCGCGGGCCGGGGGCCCAGGGCGGUGACUCAGCACGGGGGCCGGGCCGGGCGGGCCGGGCGGGCCGGGGCGGGGCUCAUCCACCCGUAUAAGGCUCGGGGCCGCCGCGGGGCGCGCUGGAGCUCAGUCGCCGCCUCUGCUGCCACCUCCAUGCCGCCUUACACGAUCACCUACUUCCCCGUUCGAGGGCGCUGCGAGGCCAUGCGCAUGCUGCUGGCCGACCAGGAUCAGAGCUGGAAGGAGGAGGUGGUGACUAUGGAGACCUGGCCUCCUCUCAAGCCCUCCUGCCUGUUCCGGCAGCUCCCGAAGUUCCAGGACGGAGACCUCACCCUGUACCAGUCCAAUGCCAUCCUGCGCCACCUGGGCCGCUCCUUUGGACUGUAUGGAAAGGACCAGAAGGAGGCGGCCCUGGUGGACAUGGUGAAUGACGGCGUGGAGGACCUCCGCUGCAAAUAUGCCACCCUCAUCUACACCAACUACGAGGCAGGGAAGGAGAAGUACGUGAAGGAGCUGCCCGAGCACCUGAAGCCCUUUGAGACCCUGCUGUCCCAGAACCAGGGGGGCCAGGCCUUCGUCGUGGGCAGCCAGAUCUCCUUUGCCGACUACAACCUGCUGGACCUGCUUCGGAUUCACCAGGUCCUGAACCCCAGCUGCCUGGAUGCCUUCCCUCUGCUCUCGGCCUACGUGGCCCGCCUCAGCGCCCGGCCCAAGAUCAAGGCCUUCCUGGCCUCCCCCGAGCAUGUGAACCGCCCCAUCAACGGCAACGGGAAACAGUAAGGGCUUUGUGGCUGGAGGCGGGAGCCGCCUGCUUCCCUUUCUCCAGGACCAAUAAAAUUUCCCAGAAAAGCA